AUGGAAGCCCAUAUCGAACAAUUACAGACAACUGUGAGGAAGCCUCCCCAAGCAAUUCCUGUUACUGAUGAGUCUCCAGCUGGGAGUGAUAAAGAUGAUUCAAAUGCCUCUCUGAUGCCAAGAAAACGAAGACGCCAGGUUAAUCAAGUUGAUCAAAGCCAAAUUGUUGAACCAGCCCAGCCAGCCCAAGUUAAUCAAGAUGAUCAAAGCCCAAAUUUUAAUGAAGACUUCUUAGCAAAUGAGGAAACGUUUGCCUCGGGAAGCUCUUCUGCCCCACCACCUGCAGAGCAUGAUUCUGCAUCUGUCAUGUUAGCCAAGCUACUUGCUUUUCAAGAGUCUAUUCCUCAGUCAAGAGGAAAGGGAAUAUCUUGUUGGCUCAAGGCACGGAGAGUUUCUGAGCUUCAAAAGGAAAAUUCUGAAAAGAGUAAGAAGAUCUCAGAACUUCAAGCCAAUCUUCGCGGGGUGACAACUCUCUAUUUUGAUCUCAAAGACAAAUUAAUUGGAAAAUGUGGUGAUGAUUUCAAGAGUUCAGUUUCUGAUGAUGGAAAAGCUUCAGAGACAUCUCAAAGAGUCGUGGUUCGUCAUGCCCAAGAUUCUAACCUUGAUCAAUUUCUGUCUUUUGACCCUGUCACAGCUGAAGAAAGAAGGGAGAAGCAGAGAAAAGUUGAUGAGGCUACAACGACUAUCCUGGUACAAAGGCUUGCACCGGCAUGA